CCAGGAAACGGCACAUUUCCUAAACAAGAGCAGACAGCAACUGAGGCAAACAAGUGAGCAUUGCAAGUACGGUGUGGUAAAAUGGCUUCGGGAAUUCCCGUGGUGAAUGGGGAUCUCAUUCACCCCUCUCAGUCUCAAAGCUCAGGUGCACCUCAUGAAGAGGAGACCCUUCAGCAGAUGAACAGCCUUAUCAAGGAGAACAGAGAGCUCAAAGAAGCCCUUAAGCAGACUAACCUAUCCAUGAAGGAGAGAUUUGAGGGUCUGUCUGCUUGGAGGGAAAAGCAAAAAGAGGAGAGAGGUUUUCUGGAGAGUCGGCUUGAGGAGGCCAAGGCGAGAGUGCAGGCACUGGAGGCAGAGAAUGAACAACUUAAGAAAGACCAUUCUGGUGCUGUGAAGGAUGAAGGUGCUGGUCUUCAGGCCAAACUAGAGGCAUUAAAGAGUCAGGUCACCCGUCUGCAAGCUGAGAAGAAUGAUUUGGUGGCCCUAAACUCUGAACUGCAGCUAAAGAUAAAUCAGGGAUCACCAGAAGAUUCCUUCAUUGAAAUUCGCUUUGCAGAGGGUGAGAUGAAAGUUACCAAAGAUUUGCCCACCACUCAGAAAGACCUUCCCGAAUCCAGCAUGAGUAAGUCUGACAUGGCUGCAUCACGACUGGAAUCAGAGGAGCAGACAGUGAGCCAGCUGCUCCAGUCUCUGAGACAUGAGACCCAGAAAAAGGAGCAACUGCAACAACAACUGCUUGCUGCACAAAAGAGGAUUGCACAGUUGGAGCUGAAGGAAGCCAGCCGUGAAAGUGGAACCCAAACAUCUUUACUCUUUACUUCAGAGGAAACACAGAGCAAGAGCUCACAGGAGCACACAGCUAAGGCAGCCUCGGAAGUGGAGAACCUGAAAGCUCAGUUGAUGACUUUGUUUAAAGAUCUGCAGAAGGCUCAAAGUAACGUGGAUGAGGCAGAGAACAUGAAGAGGAACCUGCAGGACAGGUGUAAGGAUCUGGAGCAGGACACGAGCACACUGAGGAUGCAGCUGGGUGAGAGACAACAGCUGCAGGCUGAGAAUGACCAGUUGAAGGUCCAGCUGGAGAGCAUGCAGGCUGCUAACAAAUUGGAACAGAAGAAAGCUCAGGAGGAAAGGGAUAACUUGACACAGCUAAAGGAUGCCUACACCAAGCUCUUUGAGGAUUAUAAUGAACUUCAGCAAGAGAAAAAGAAAAAACAGGGCAGCGUAUCCCGGGCAGAGUACACUGAUCUUCAGACCCGACUGGAUGCUGCGGAGAAAGCUUUGGCAGAUAAACAAGAAAAGAUUGAUUCGAUGAAGCAGGAGAUCUUUGAGAAAGAAAAGGAGCUGGAGACAGUCUCUGUUUUUAAGGCACAGGCGGAGGUGUACUCCUCAGAUUUCUAUGCUGAACGAGCUGCACGUGAGAAAAUUCAUGAGAAAAAGGAGCGUCUGGCUGCUCAGCUUGAGUACAUUAAGAAACAGAACAUCCAGCUGCAGGAUGAGAUGGAGUCCAUGGGCAGGCAGAGUAUAAGUGAUAUGCAGAGAAGACAUGUGUCUCAGGGAGCAAAUCCAGGGGACUCACCUCAUCACCUGCAGGCAGGCAGAGUUGACUGGCAGCAGCAGGAGAAUAUUCCAGAACAUGCAUGUCCUAAAUGUAAUGAGGUCCUCCCAGAUCUGGACAGCCUACAGAUCCACAUAAUGGACUGCAUAAUCUAAGAUGACCAGCUAUUAAUUUCUCAUCACCUCUUCAAGAAAAGCUUGUUCAGAGAUCAAAAAGGCUCAUACUAUACAAACCCUCCUGCUCAGUUUUAAUAGAAUCGAGAAACAGCAACACCAGUUAUUCUUUUAUUGCUUUGCAGACCUGAUUACUGUCACUGACAAUACGGUUAUUGUCCUUAAUGUAUAAACAUAUAGAACUGAUCUAUAACCUGUGGUAACAAGUAAUGCUUGAAAUGAUCAUACGGAUAAUGAAUAGAAUAGUAGAGUCACAUGAGAGGCUGGUAAAGGUGUCGACUGUUAACCAAAAAUAUAUAUAUGUAAUAAUGUCUUUAUACAAAGCGAGGUAGAAAGUGAGAACAUUAUAAUGAAGACUGUAGGUCAACUGACAUUAAUAUAACUUCUGUUUUGGAGAAUGGUACUUUGUUAGGCUGAAUGUAAUUCAUUGGUAAAUAUUUAUAAACAGGUAUUAGUCUGUUGUUUAAGAGUGAAUAUAUACGGCUCAUAGUGUAAAGGGCGACUUAUGCUUUAAAAUCACACUUAUAUUUUUAUAAGGCACUUUAACAGUCUUUAUUGUCAUAUUUUAGCAGAGUAUAGUCUCAUUAUGCUAAUGGAGUAACACUGCAGCUAAGUGGUGGUGCUGCUUGAAUUGAAUGAAUCUAAAUGUAAUGCAUCGAGCUGUUGAGCAAUUAUGUUACAAUAAACCAUUCUUAGAAUUA